CGGAGGUGGACUGGUGUGAGGACAACUACACCAUCGUGCCUGCCAUCGCCGAGUUCUACAACACGCUGCCAAAGUCCCAAAGAUGGUGGCUGGUCCAUGCCACUGAAGAAUUUUGAGGGUGUGUGAGGGAAACUGUUGGCUUUUUUUGUGUGUCUGAUGUCACUGUGCAAGAACCAAAAACAAAGGGAGGAAAAGAUAAGCAACAUCUUGUUUUUCAUUUUACCACCCAUAUGUAUGUGCUUGUUCCGUCAAUACGCAAUCUGCUUCAACAGUGGAAUAUAUUUAAUAUGGAUUCUGCUAGUCGUGGUUGGAAUUGGAUCUGUUUAUUUUCAUGCUACCCUCAGUUUCUUGGGCCAGAUGCUGGAUGAGCUGGCUAUUCUCUGGGUUCUGAUGUGUGCUCUUGCCAUGUGGUUCCCUAGGAGAUACCUGCCCAGAGUUUUUCGCAAUGACAGGGGCCGAUUUAAAGCUGCUGUGGGUGUCCUGUCUGGAGUUACCACCUGCCUGGCUUUCAUUAAGCCUGCCAUUAACAACAUCUCACUAAUGACGCUGGGAGUUCCCUGCACAGCUUUGCUCAUUGCUGAGUUGAAGAGGUGUGAAAACCUGCGUGUAUACAAACUGGGUCUCUUUUCAGGUCUUUGGUGGAUGCUUGCUCUUUUCUGCUGGAUCAGUGACAAAGCGUUUUGUGAGAUCUGGUCCUCAUUUAACUUUCCCUAUUUGCACUGUGUAUGGCACAUUUUGAUUUGCCUUGCGGCAUAUCUAGGAUGUGUCUGCUUUGCUUACUUUGAUGCUGCCUCUGAGAUCCCGGAGCAGGGCCCUGUCAUAAAGUUCUGGCCCAGUGAAAGGUGGGCGUUCAUUGGAGUUCCCUACGUCACGCUCCUCUGCGCACACAAAAGAACAUCUGUGAAGAUUACAUGAACUUGGAGGCCAUGGAAUGGGGAUGGAUUUUCAACUUAUAUUCCAGCACAGAGAAUAUUUAUAUAAUGAUAAAUUACUAGUGUUGUAUUUUCUUUUCUUCCUAAGAUAGGCAGUACUUCAAGUGUCAUAGGAAGAGGAGGGAAGUGUGUUCAUUCCUCUCUGAAGAAGAGAGAGGAAGCAGGAACAUGGGGGCACUUGAACACUAAAGUAACAAAAUGGCUUCUUUGUUUUUUGCACUGUGUUUUUGAUGUAGCAUUUCUCUUGAUAAAAGCUCUUUUCAAAUACCAGGGUCAAAGAAUGAUCUUUUUGUAGUAGGUCACCUUUGGUGCUUGAUCCACUUCUUUUGUAACUUCCUUUGCGAAAGAAGGCAGUCCAAGAUGCCUACGUGCCAUCCUGUGUCCUUCUUAGCUCUGAUUUUGCUGCACUUACACAUGGCCACAAGAGUGUGCUCGAAGCCCAUGCUAUUCCCAGCCUGGUGUACCCAGGCUGUGUGGAACCCAGGCUGUGCAUCACUUUGGAUCACAGAAUACAUGGUUGCUUCCUCAAGUACAGCAGGAGAUGAGUGUUUGCAGCUGGAUUACUAUGUAAGUGCAAUUAGGCAGUGUAAAUGCACAGGGAGCUAACAGAAGUCCCUAAAACUAUGUAGUAGUUUGAGGAUUUUAUUGUAUUUCCACUGUACUGUGAAUACUUGUAUGCUGCAUAUUUUCUUGCAGAAAUGUCACAGAAUCCCUCUCUACCUCUUGAGACAUGUAUUUGGUCUUGAAUUUGGCAUUGAAGUGCUCACAGAAGUGUGAAAAUUACCUUCAGUAUGAUCUCAGGUCAGCAUUGACUGACAGUGUGAUUAAACUAUAAAAACUCCUAGAUGCCUAGCUGCACAUCUAAUUUAAGAGCUGACUUCUCACCAAUGCAUUCCAAGUGAUGUCAAAAAUAGUCCAGAGCUCUGCUAGUUAUACUUAGGAAAAAAGUAGAUAACUGCUUAAAAACCAAGCUGAAGACCUAGAUUUCAGUGAGCUGUGAGAUGUAAUAUUGAAUCUUGCAUUCUUGCAAAAGAUUGAGAUUUUCCAGGUUUUUUCAGUCCAUUUUGUAAAGAUAAGGGGUGUCUAGGUCCAUUUAGUUUUAACAUUAUUAGUGUUGAGGUUCAGGAAUGGCUAUAGUUCUUGCAAGCAAUUAAUAUAAGGCCUGUUUAAAAAAAUGGUGCAAAGUUAGGCAUGUUUUUCAAGUAUGAACAAUUGUAGCUGCUAAUAGCUGCAGUUUUGGAGAAAAAAGGGUCUACUCACUUUCCUCAGAACUCUGAUAUCAAAAUUCUAAGUGGGUUAAGGCUUUGAAUGUACAUUUCUAUUAAUGUGUUAUUUCCUUUUUUAGCAUUAGACCAUGAAAUAUGAUUUUCUCUUUUGUUUACAUGUCUUAUGUUUUGUUUUUUAUCAAUGUAAAAAUGAACUCUAUACUGUGUCAUCUUUAUGAAAGUUACUUUUAGCAAGAACUUUGGGCUGAAUUAAUUUUCAAGCAUUUUGAAACCUUUAAAACUUUUGUAUUAAAAUUUAUGCUUGGAAAGCAAGAAGUAAGGUGUAUGCUUACUCUUGAAGCAAAUUGUUAGUGGGAGAUAAGAUGUUUUUUCAUGAGACCUUCAAAAUAGAUGAGUAGACUACUGUCAGAUGACUGCAAAAUCAUAAGAGCAGCAUAAAAUUUUUCUAAUGGAACAGUUCAUAUUUAUACCACUUGGUAGUAGAUUUGAAACAUCUUUUUUUGACACAUGGUGAUACAAUUUUUGUAUGAAAUCUAUUUAUAAAAAUGUAUGUAGUGAUGUUUGUUACUCUUUGAAACACAGCUAUUUUUUCCUUUUCCUUCCUCUCCCCCAAUUGCAGAAUGCUCAGCUUCAAACACUUCUCAGGUAUUAAAAGUUCUAUUAUUAGAUCCUUAUACAGGUAGGGUGCUGGCUGGAACCCAGCUAAGUUUUCUGAUGCCUAACAUGGUCCUACUUUGAGUAAGACUUUUUUGAUAGUGUUUGCUAAAUUAUUAAGUUAUGGUAAGUGAGUUGUUUUCAGUAUUGCUUGAGAACCUAAUAACUGCAGACAUAGCGUACUAUUCAAAAAAUUGGAGCCUUUCUACUUAAUAUUUUGCUUGAAAGCAACCUCUGACUCAAAGGGCUCUAGUUAAUCUGCUGUCAGUUGCUGUCUUGUACUCUGCAGAGUCUGACUACUCACAAAGAAGUAAUUU